AUGUUUGUUCGUCAAGCAAUCACUGCACUUGCGCGCCCCACCACUGCGGUAUCGCGCAUUGCUAUGCGUGUGCCGACCACGCCUUCGCUGGUACGCAUGCUUUCCAACGACACGCGCAGCAAGAUUGAACUUGCUGUCAAAGACGACCCGCUCGUCGUAUUCAUGAAGGGAUCGCCGGAAUUGCCCCAAUGUGGUUUCUCUCGCGCUGUGCUCCAGAUUUUGCAAGUUCAGGGCGUGAAGCCAGAGCUGGUGGCUACGUACAACUGCCUGGAGGACACUGAACUGCGCGAUGGCAUUAAAGAGUAUAGCGACUGGCCUACUAUUCCACAAGUGUACAUUAAUGGCGAGUUUGUUGGUGGCUGUGAUAUUAUGCUGAACAUGCACCAAACGGGCGAAUUGGAAUCGAUGCUGCAAAAAGCAGGCCUUCUAAUCGCACCCACAGAAAGCGAGAAGUCCGAAUAG